AGCCCAUGAGGAAGCUGAGCUGGUCUGUAAUGAUAGGGCGGUAGCAGCGGCCACAGCAGCAGAGGUAGUCGGAGGUGGUGGAGGAGCCGGAGCACCAAGAACACACAGGUGUUUCUGAGGAGUAAUUAGACAGCUAGAUAGCUGUGAAGGAGAAAGUACAUCUUUGAGUUUUUACCUGUGAACACAAUAGCACUGAGAGAGACAGUCUGAAAGCAAAGAGGAAGGGAUUUGGUCAGUCACACUAAGGGAGACCAAAGUUGAAAGUUUUGGGGUUUGUUUUGUUUUGGUUUUUUUCCUCUGUUUCAUUUUUCCCGUGUGUCACUACAAUGGUCAGAAAGCCUGUUGUGUCCACCAUUUCCAGUGGAGGUUACCUGCAGGGGAAUGUUAAUGGGAAGCUGCCUUCCUUGGGUGGCAAGGAGCCACCACCUGGGCAGGAGAAAGUGGUGCUGAAGAAGAAAAUCACUUUGCUGAGGGGCAUCUCCAUCAUCAUUGGCACGAUCAUUGGAGCAGGAAUCUUCAUCUCUCCUAAGGGCGUGCUCCAGAACACGGGCAGCGUGGGCAUGUCUCUGAUUAUCUGGACAGUCUGUGGGGUCCUGUCUCUGUUUGGAGCCUUGUCGUAUGCUGAAUUGGGAACAAGUAUAAAGAAAUCUGGAGGUCAUUAUACAUACAUUCUGGAAGUCUUUGGUCCAUUACCAGCUUUUGUACGAGUCUGGGUGGAACUGCUCAUAAUACGCCCUGCAGCCACAGCUGUGAUUUCUCUGGCAUUUGGACGCUACAUUCUGGAACCAUUUUUUAUUCAAUGUGAAAUUCCUGAACUUGCAAUCAAGCUCAUUACAGCCGUGGGCAUAACUGUAGUGAUGGUCCUAAACAGCAUGAGUGUCAGCUGGAGUGCCCGGAUCCAGAUUUUCCUAACCUUUUGCAAGCUCACAGCAAUUCUGAUAAUUAUAGUCCCUGGAGUUAUGCAGCUAAUUAAAGGGCAAACCCAACACUUUAAAGAUGCCUUUUCGGGAAGAGAUGCAAGUAUUAUGGGAUUGCCUUUGGCUUUUUAUUAUGGGAUGUAUGCAUAUGCUGGCUGGUUUUAUCUCAACUUUGUUACUGAAGAAGUGGAAAAUCCUGAGAAAACUAUCCCCCUUGCAAUCUGUAUAUCCAUGGCCAUCGUCACCACUGGCUACGUGCUAACAAAUGUGGCCUACUUUACGACCAUUAGUGCUGAAGAACUGUUACUCUCAAAUGCUGUGGCGGUGACCUUUUCUGAGCGGCUUCUGGGAAAUUUCUCAUUAGCAGUUCCGAUCUUUGUGGCCCUCUCCUGCUUUGGCUCCAUGAAUGGUGGUGUGUUUGCUGUCUCCAGGUUAUUCUAUGUUGCGUCUCGAGAGGGUCACCUUCCAGAAAUCCUCUCCAUGAUUCAUGUCCGCAAGCACACUCCUCUGCCAGCUGUUAUUGUUUUGCACCCCUUGGCGAUGAUAAUGCUCUUCUCUGGGGACCUCUACAGUCUUUUGAAUUUCCUCAGUUUUGCCAGGUGGCUUUUUAUUGGGCUGGCAGUUGCUGGGCUGAUUUAUCUUCGAUACAAACGCCCAGAUAUGCAUCGUCCUUUCAAGGUGCCGCUCUUCAUCCCGGCUUUGUUCUCCUUCACAUGUCUCUUCAUGGUUGCCCUUUCCCUGUAUUCGGACCCAUUUAGUACAGGGAUUGGCUUCAUCAUUACGCUGACUGGAGUCCCUGCAUAUUAUCUCUUUAUCAUAUGGGACAAGAAGCCCAAGUGGUUUAGAAAAGUGUCAGACAGAAUAACCAGAACAUUACAAAUAAUACUGGAAGUUGUACCAGAAGAAGAUUGUCAUAAAUUAUGAAUUAAUGCAUUUGAAAUCUUGGCAAUCUAUGCUUGGCGUUGUUUCUGCCCAAAGGGCUGAAACAAAAUGUGGAUCUUCACUUCAUUUUAUGAAAAUCCAGAGGAUUGAAACUUUGGUGAUGGACUAAAGGAAUCAGUUAUUUCUAUUCAUAUCUUUUAGUGUAUUCAAACUGGUUUCUAAGAAAUUUAGUUAUAACUCAAUGUAGUUGUAGAAGGUGGAUAUGCAAGUCUUCCAUGAGGUCACAUGAUUUUUGAAUCCCUGAUACUGAUAUGAAGUUAGAGGAAAAAAAGACUACAGAAUGAACAAUUACUUUAGUGGUCUUUAUAACAUAUGGCUAAGAACUUCAAACUGAACACCAAGAUGUUUUCUGUAUAAAUGGGAUUUAUAAUGGACAAUUUUUACAUACUGUGGUUGACUAUACUGUGAAAAGUGUUUUCUGUUCUUCUGGUGGAUAAAAGGCAUGCAUCAUCAUCAUGGACUAAGCAAAGGAAGAAAUUUAUUUCACUCGGCAUUGUAUUGCUUUCCCGUAGAUACUAACUUAGAUAUUACUCAUCUUGCAGUGAAUUAUACCCAGAGCAUUUUGAACAAAGGAUAGAGGUGAUAUGCCUAAUUUUAAUGAAUACAUUAAAAAAGAGCUUUUAGGGGCUACUGCUUAUGAGAAAAAAUCCAGGAAUUAUGUCUAGAAAUUCUUGAUACUUAUCCUGUUAGGAUUUUUUCACUCAUUAUCAGGAAGCUCCAUGGUCAUGGGCCUCUUUGUUUUCGUGGCAGCCCAUUUGAUCAGGAAAGGAUGUAGCAUGUUUCUUAGAGUAAAGCAAUACUCAGUUUGGUAUUAAAUCAUCUUAAGCACAAUCACUUGUUUCACUAGUAAUUUGCCCCUUGAUAACAUACCUAAAUGUAUGCAGUUUUGAAUCUUCAAACUGCAAUGGCCAUAAAAGACAGAAAUCACCAAGAAAGAAAAUACCCUAUAACCCUAUAUAUGUGCAGUGUUAGUAAUUAUGAACAAUUUUUUAAAUUUCACAGUUACUUUUACAUGGUGAUAAAUUUUGACAGUUUAUACAUUUCCUUUAUAUAUUUUAUAUUCUGUUAAAAUAUCUCUUCAGAUAAAACUGUCCAGAUUAAUUAGGAAAAGGCAUAUAUUUACAUAAAAAUUGAGGAAGAGAAUGUCACAGCUAUAUAAGUUUUACAACUGAUGUUUCUAAAAAUUUUCCACUUCUUUAUCUCAACUUUGUCAGUAAUUUCCUCACCUUAAUUAUCAUUCAACUUGUAAAAGAGAUAACUGAUAACAAAUUCAUUGAGAGGAGAAACUGUGUGUGUGUGUGUUUUCAGACAGCUGGUUUAAUGCUAGGUUUGGAAAAUAUUGUGGAAUUUUCAAAUAUGGCUCAAAUAAUGAUAGAAACAUAAACUAUUGUUUACAUUCAGCCAAGAUUAAAUAGUCAGUCAUACCUGA